UCCGCCUCAAGUAUAGCAGCGACGCGUUGAGUAUUUACCCCAGAUCUCUGGUCACGCCUAUCCUCGAGACUCGGGCUUCAUUUCCAAGGCAAGUUGAACGUCCGCACGGCAGAGCGGGCUCCUCGCCGUCGCGAUUCGCGCUAAGGGUCUUUACUUUCCUUCCGUUGUGUGGACGGUCCGAGCCAGCAUCCCAUCCCAACCUGAAUCACCGUAUUUCUGACUGCUCAACGGCGUCCUUGUUUUGGGCAAAAGCCACCUUGUGAAAGUCGAAGCGAUGGCAAGGGUUUCCACAACUUUUGGCUCUGGCGGCGUUGUCGCGGCCGCUUCGGCGGCCCUGCUGCUGCUGCUGCUGGCUCUGCCACAGGGGUCGCGCGCUCAGCCUGGCGGGGGCGGGGACGGGGGUCCCCCCGGUUCUACUUCUAGCGCAACCGUGGAGUGUGCAACCGAUGGUACCGACGCCCACUACGAGGAGUUCCUAGCCGGCGAAGGUAUCACGAUGGCUCGCUGGACAGCCACUGAGACGGGAUGCCCGAACCACAUCAACUGGCCCCUCAACCCCAACGCCGCCGGGGUGAUGUCCGUCAACCAAUCGGUCCCGGCGUACCCCAUGCUUAUCGCGUCCGGGGGAACGACGGACUUGAGCUCUGCUGCGGGCACCAUCGGGCUAAUGCGCAACGGAGUUUCUAUGUUCAGCGCGUGGGCGGUUGACGCCGUGGUGGAGUACGAGGACACGGCCUUCUACCUGGAGGCGGACACGUUCGACCCUUGCGGGGGCCACGCAACUCCCACGGGGGCCUACCACUACCACGGCACGGCGGGUUGCCUGCAGGAACAGGCGGGGGCGGUCAAAGGCGAGCACUCACCGGUGCUGGGCUGGUCAUAUGACGGGUUUCCAAUCUACGGGCAGUUGGGCCCCGGCGGAGUAGAGAUGAAGAUGUGCGGAGCAGAUGGGGCGCACGACACGGCCUGCCUCGACUUGUGCUCCGGCUACGAGGCUACCAUCGACGAGGACGAGUUCACGUACCGCUACUACACGUCGUGCGGGUUCGACGAGUCCUUCUUUCCCUUCACCCUCAACUGCUUCCGCGGCUGCUGCCCGACGGGCAACACGUGCAGCGACAGACUUGAAGCGUGCGGGGUUGACGCGGACGUAGGCUAUACCGACGACUACGUCCCCGUCGCGCUAGAGUCUUUGGAUGAGUUCUACGACGCCGAACUGGUCCUUGGGGACGACCUUGAGCUUAUCGGCUCCCGGACCACGGUCAACUGCACCCUGUACCUGGGCUCUGAGUCGGAGGUGGGGACUGGAGAUGUUGCCCGCCAAACAACCCCAUCCCCUACUCCGGCCGCCGUCGCCGAUGCUGACCAAGAAACCCCCUCCCCGAGCGCUGCGACCACCGUUCCCACCAUGGGCGGCGGCAGCGGCGGGGGCGGGUCCGCGGGGGACGCGCCUACUCCAUCUCCCGAGGCAGCUGCUAGGAGCGCGCCGGAACCGACUGCCUCGCCGAGUUCGGGCGGGGAUAUGGACGACGCUGACACUAGCGGAGCCCCCGGGGGGAUUUCGAGCUCCACGCCCGGCAUAGUCUUCCUGGGCUUCAUGGCCACUGCGGCGAUGGCUUUCGCCUCCUAAAAAGGGGACGAUGCUGUCUUGUCAAAAAAAAGUGUGCUACAAGGAACGCGACCUCGUUAUGUUGUUUGCGCCGUGAUGGGUGAAUCGACACAGCAGGUUUUGAGGUGAUAAGUUUUGCUAUGUGGUGAACCGACACAACAGGUUUUGGGGGGACAAUAUUUUGUCUGUCUUAUGUGCGGCAGGCCCGAGGGGCACACGGUACCGGCAGUGGUUGCGUCUGUACUGUUCGGUUGGAGCCAAGGGGAUGGGUAGGAAGCCAACACGGACUCUCACCGCCAUGAACGUUCCGUUUUCCUUUCUCACGUCCAAGUCUCUGUUGCUGUCGACGGAUACAUGAGAGGAAGAACGGCCGUGUUGCGGCGUUGCGGCGGCACUCCCAUUGAAGGCCGUUUUCUGUACAGCUAAUUUGUAUUAUCUAUUGCAGCUGUUUUCCCGACUAGGUUCUUCAUGUCGGCACGGGCUGAGGCUUUGUUUAUUUUUUUGGGGGGGGAUUGUUCGGAAUGGGGCCGUCUCGCGACGCUCCCUGUCGUGCCGUGCCCGCGUGAAACUCACCCAGUUUAUUGCGCUUUAGUGGCCGGGCGUGUUGCCGGCCGGACUAGAGCCACUAUCGUGUGUAGCGCGCGCGACGCUCGCCGAACGUCCCGUCCGAAUUUUGAGGGGCGGAAAAGCUGCUCCUGUCUCUCGUGCUGACUUUCUUUUAUUUUGUACUUGGGGCCGGGCGAAAUGUUGGGGUUUUGACCUCUACUUCCGUGCCUGUGUUGGGGAGCUUGCGAUGCUCACUUUGCUUCGCGCAGUGCGGGGCGUAGAAGAAGACGAGGGGGGUCUCUUUGCUUUUACCGUUCAGUUUCCGCACCAGCACGCGAGUCAAGACGGGGUGGCUUACGUCACUUUUACAUCAAAAUAUUCAGAUAGGGUAUAGCCCGAUUCCGGAAGCCGCGGUCUAUGCAACCUCAACAACUGCCGCACGGGGGGCGGGCAGUGAUUACGAAGGGCGGGGUGUGGGGGGUAUCUCCGUCUGGAACCCCUUGGGACACGCGCUUGCGUGCGGAGGCAGUGAUGUUUCGUUUGAGACACUGACGGAGCGAUAUGGCGCGACGAAGAUAGCGGAAGUGGCACGCCAUCAUCCGCGUGGUGUCGUCCUGUCGUCUGUUCAUUUUCUGUAGGCUGUAGGAGGUGGUGCGUAGUAGUAGAGCAGGUUUUGUGUUUGGCGUUGGUGCUGUGCGAAUUGUGGUGCGAUGUUGUACGGGUCGCAUUUUUUGCUCUCUCGACCGCUAGGAUGUUGAGCGUGUGUCGUGUUGUUUCGGUAUCUCGUACGUUAAUGUUUUUCGUGCUCAUGCGAUAGUGUUCCACUCAUCCACGCCAGAACAAGUAUUUUUGGUGUGUACACGAAGACUUGUUUCUCUCGAUUGGCAGGAUGCUGUGCUGUGGUGCACAUGCUCUAGUGCAAUUUCAUUAUGCUAGGGUAAUAACUGGCAUCUCUGGCAUGUCAUUCUCCUACGGGUCAGAAACAUCUUGGACAUUUUGCUGGAAGGAACGGGUUAGUCAUUGUUGCGUUCGUUUUUGCCAUGUCGUCAGUGACUACUCAUUCACAACGCCUUGUCGUUCGUAACGGGGAGACGGGCUUGUGCUCUCGCUUGCUACUCAUGUUGGGCGAUGAUCGGGGCGGAUUGUUUCGGUUUCUUUCGGCAAGGAGACCGGCCUAAAAACUUGAAGGUAGGAGCGGGGUGAACACUUCCUCAUUGAUGCCAUUGUGUCGAUCACGAUCCAUGCGUUUCAUGAGGGACAGACGGGCCUGCUUGCUCUUUCUUAUCGCGCGGGGCGUUGAACGGGACGGAUUUCGGCCUCUUUCAGCAAGCCGCUAUCGUGCAGGCCGGCCCAAAGAUGAGCCUGUAGCAGAGUAGAACACUGCCGUACCCAAAUAGUUACCGUUUCGUUCGAUGAACGUGUUAGUGGUAGCGCGUUGUUUUCGCGAUGCAAGUGUGUCUGCCAACUUCGAGUUCAUUGGCAAGACGUGUUCACGUGGUCAAUAACAUUUUUUCUCACGAUACGAUGAAUGAGCCGGAACGAUUGGUAUCAACACGUGGACUGGCCUCAACCGCAGCAUCGUUUACGUUGUGGUCAUUGUAACUUGUUGACAAGCAACGACCAGCAUUGUUCGAGAAUUUCACUACCCGUUCGCGAUAUUACUACAACCGAGAGGAUGUGAACGGGAAUAAAAACGGCUGGAAAUGGUUGUCUGUAGCUUCAGGCCGAGCCUUGCCUUGCCGCCCUUCACGGCAAGCAACAACCGUGUGUGUGGUCUAAAACAUAUUGAAAUGAUUACUGUGUGAUU